AUGUCGGUCGAGGUGGUCAUCUACGAGACGCUGUCGCUGGAGGUGUGGAAGGCGAAGUAUGGGCCGGCAUCGGGGAGGACGCAGGCACACCCGCCGACGGACACCUCGACGGCGACGGUCCCACUGCUCGCCGAAGUCGAAGAGUCCGCUCAUGAGGAUGUUGUGGAGUGGCAUCGCCGCCAUCGACAAGGUGCCACGCUCGUCGACGAGGAUGGGAAGCCGUCGACGACAGGGGAGCAGCAGACAGGGGAGCCGGUCGACCAGGAGAUAGCAGCAGGGGAGCAAUCGACAGUUGAGCAGCAGCCGGGGCGGUUGACAGGGGAGCUGGUCGACGGGUCGAAGCAGCUGGUCGACGAUGUGCGCGUCGACGAGGAACGGGAGCUGUCGGCGGGAAAGGAGUCCACUGACAAUGAUGUGGUGGAGGUUCCGGUCGAGAAGCCUGCGCCGGAGCUGCGACGUUCUGGUCGAGCUCGACGGCCGCCGGAGCGGCUGAGCUUCCACGCCUGCCUACCACCAGCUGCCUUCACCACGGUGUACGACGAGGUCGACGACGACCUGUUGUACGACGACGCUGAGGAGGAUGAAGAACUGCCGGAGCUCGACCCCGACGUGCAUGCCGACCCCGAACACCGCUGGGACAUCGCCACGAUGACGGUGAAGGAGGCGCUGGCGAGCUGGAAGGGCGAUGCGGUGAAGGCCGCAAUGAAAGAGGAGAUCCGCAGCCUUGUCGGCAUGGGCACUUGGGAGCUGGUCGAACGCCCACGCGGAGUGAACAUCAUGAAGAACCGGUGGGUGCUGACGACCAAGUACCGCAUCGACAACACCGUCGAGCGCGAGAAGGCGAGGCUGGUCGUGAAGGGCUUCACACAGGUGUACGGCGCCGACUACGACGAGACGUACUCGCCGGUGAGCAGCUACGUCACGCUGAGGAUCUUCCUCAGCAUUGUCGCCGUCCUCGACCUCAACCUGAUGCAGCUCGACAUGAAGAACGCUUUCCUGCAGAGCAAGCUCGACAGGGUGCUCUACAUGUACCAGCCGGACUACUUCGACGAUGGGACCGGCCGGGUGUGUAAGCUGUUGAAGAGCCUCUACGGGCUAAAGCAGUCGCCGCUGCUGUGGUACAGGGCUCUCGACGGUGUGCUGCUGGGCGCUGGCUGGAGGAAAAGCCAGGUCGACGAGGCGCUCUACUUCAAGUCCGGCGACGACGGAGUGACCUGCUGGGUGCUGGUCUACGUCGACGAUCUGCUCGCCGCCAGCAGCAGCACCGCGAUGCUGAAGGAGCUGAAGGAGCUGCUGGAGUCCGCCUUCGAGCUGCGGGAGAUCUUGCUGGUGGUGAAGUACCUUGGGCUGGAGAUCGUCCGCGACAGGCCGGUGGGGAAGCUGUGGCUGCACCAACAGAACUACGCCGACAAGCUGCGCAGGCGCUUCAUCGACGAGGAGCAGGGCGGUCGAAUCCCGAAGACGCCGGUCUCGGUCGACGCCUACGCCGAGCUGACAUUCGACGACGAGGAGGCGCAGGAGCGCGAGGAGGAGGAAUACCGGCAGAAGCAUUGGCGCGAGGUCGACCGCUGCCUCGCCUACCUCGCUGACACCCGCGACACCGCCUUGGAGUUCGGCGGUGGACCAGAGUCGCUGGAGCUGAUCGGCUACGUGGAUGCCGACGACGCGGGCGACAAGCAGAACCGGACGAGCACGGGCGGCUACGUGUUCGUCUUCGGAGGGGCCGCCGUCUCCUGGUCGAGCUCGCGCAUCAAGUGCGCGACGCUCUCCUCGACCGAGUCGGAGUACGUCGCGGCCACGGAUGCUGGCAAGGAGGGACGCCGACUUCGUUUCCUUCUGGCGGAAUUCAAGCUGCUCGACGCUGGGAAGCCGACCAUCCUCCGCGUCGACAACAAGUCGGCAAUCACGGUCGCUGAGGGCUUGGGGCUGACGGGCAACCUCAAGCACAUGGAGCGACGCUAUGCCUGGCUGCAGCACAUGGUGAGGCGCGGGAAGUUCGUGCUGAAGUACAUCCCGACCACCGAGCAGCCGGCGGAUUUCCUGACGAAGGCGCUGCAUUUUCCGGCUUUCAACCGGUGCUCUGUCGCCAUCGGCCAAGUUCGUCUGGCCGACGUCGGCGACGGCGACGAUGAGGUGCAGCAGUAG